AGAUGGAGGUAUUUGAACACAGGUUAUGGCGCUUAUUUUCUCACUGGACACUACUGUACUAUUGCAAGGUAUGUUGCUAUGAAUAUGGAUUUAGGGAUGCCUAUUGAUUCUCAGUGCACACUCUUAAACGUAGGCCUAACUCACAUAGACUGGUUAGUGCGCGACGGACUCAUGUUACUCGACUAAGCUGGAUGGGACAGGCCGCCCGUAGUAGGCACUGAGAUGCCGAGUCUGUGGAAGAAGAUAGUGUUCUCGUUUGGCUCGAUCCUCUGCAUUACCUCUGCCGCGGUCUUGGUAGUAGCUCUGGCAAGUGAAAGCUGGGUGACUGGGACCAUUCUUUGCAAGACUGGAGUGGACCUGGUCAAUGCUUCAAGUCCAGAGCUGGUGCAGUUUACCGGAGACAUUUAUUUUGGUCUCUUCCAGGGAGGGAAAACAAGGAAGUGCGGCCUAGGGAUCCGGCGAUCGAAAAUCUACAUUUUCCCCAGACUUGUGAAGACACUGAAUGAAGGACUUCAUGCAAUUGUCAUUCUGUUCAUAUUUGUUGCCAUAGGUUUUGCUUUUGUCAGUUUAGCAUUCUGUAUUUACAAUGCUAGGAAAGUGCCAUACCAGUCUGUUAAAGGACCACUUGGACUGUACCUCUGGAACUUUAUCGCAGGUCUAUUUGGGUCAUUGGCAUCCCUUUGUUUCCUAGCAUCAGUGUGUCACCACAACCUGACAGAAAGAGUGGCCAACUACAAAGAGAGCUUCUUCCAGUUUGUGGUUCUGGAGGAGGACUUUGGGUUCUCCUUCUGGUUGUGUGUGGCCAGUGUUGCUUUGCAUGGCGCCAAUAUCAUUGUAGUGGCCAUGAGUAAGAUUCACCUACCCAAAAUACAGAGCAAGAAACCCGAAGAACCUACAGUAACAGCAGAUGACCUGCUAUACUGAACAAUGGUAUGAAAACAAUGUGUUAGCUGUACAAAAUGUAAAUAAACCCUGACAUAAGCGUUUCACAUGUAUUUCAAAUGUAUAAUUCGCCAUAGUCUAUGCAGGCCUAUGAGUUGUGUGCCACUAGGAUAGUUGCAUCACAGUAGCCAAAAUGUAUAAAAAGAAGGCUUACAUUGAGUUUGGUAGGAUAGCCUAUAUUUAUCGAUAUAUUUAUGGAGCCGGGAAAAAUAUCUAUUUAAAAAAAAAAAAAAAACUUUUUUAUCAACGUCUGCAUUUUUCAAACAAUAUGGCCUAGCCCUAGCCUAACACCUAAUAUCAAUGGGACAUGGUAUAAUCAGGUAGGCUUAAUUUAGCUAUUUCUCAUUUUAAUUUAGCCGUGUUAUUUGUCACAGCGAAAGGACAGAUCAGAGA